CCUAUAUUCAAUGGUGAUGCAUCAUUAUUUGAGUGGUGGAAAGAGAGAUUGUAUAGCAAUAUUACUGCUAUUGAUCAUGAGUUGUGGGAUUUGGUUGAGUUGGGAGUAACUUUUGAAAACUUAAAUGAACAUGGAAGAUUGUCCAUUGAGCAUAGAAAGUUACUCACACCAGCUAACCUAAAAACCUACACUAAGCAUCAUAGAGUAAAGGACAUUGUUGUUGGUGCUAUUAGACAUGAAGAUUAUGUCAGAAUAGAAAACAAGUCUACUGCUAAAUCUAUCUUUGAUUCUAUGUGUGCUACCUAUGAUGGUAAUGAAAAGGUUCAAGAGGCUAAAGCUAGUCUUUUGAUAAGGCAAUAUGAACUAUUCACUAUGCAACAAGAUGAAAACAUUGAGACUAUGUUUACAAGGUUUCAAAUCCUUGUAUCUGGUCUUAAAGCUCUUAAGAGAAGUUAUUCAACCUAUGACCAUGUUCAGAAGAUUCUGAGAAGUCUUCCUAUUGCUUGGAGACCUAAGGUCACUGCAAUAGAGGAAGCUCAAAAUCUCAAGACUCUGAGUCUUGAAGCUCUGAUAAGCAAUCUCAGAAGCCAUGAGAUGGUUCUAGAUGCUGACUCAGAAACUAAGAAGAAGUCUAAGUCAGUGGCUUUACAGUCAACUAAGACUACUUCUAAGGCUCUUAAGACUCAGCUUCUUGAUAUUGAAGAAGAAUCUUCUGCUGAUGGUCAAGAGGAUGAAAUGAAUGAGGAUGAGUUUGCUUUAUUCACCAAGUUUCAGCAAUGGAACAGAUUUAACAAAAGAAAUUUCAGAGGAGGUAACAGCUCCAGAAAUUUUGUCAGCAAAAAGGAUGAUCAGAAGAAUUGCUUCAACUGUAAGAAGCCUGGACACUUUAUUGCUGAUUGUCCAGAAAUGUCUGCUAAAGAAAAAAGCAAAAGAUACAGUUCAAAGAAGCAACAAUUCAAGAGUAAAUUGAGAAAGAGUCUGAUGGCUACCUUUGAAGAGCUAUCAUCUGAGGAAGAAGUUGAGGAAGAAGAAGAGGCAAAUCUAGCCCUGAUGGCUUCAACUGACUCAGAUGCAGACUCAGACGAUGAAUCAGAAUCAGAAUCAGAUUCAGAAGUAACUGAUGAGGUAUAUCUGGAUAGUGGAUGUUCGAGGCAUAUGACUGGUGACAAACAACUAUUCUCUAAGCUGACUAUGAAAGAAGGAGGAUCUGUUGGAUUUGGAGGUAAUCAAAAAGGAAAAAUAAUAGGUACAGGUACAGUAGGUAAUUCUUCUCUAUCUAUUAAUGAUGUUUGGUUAGUUGAUGGACUUAAGCAUAAUCUAUUGAGCAUAAGUCAAUUUUGCGACAAUGGUUAUGUAGUUGUCUUCAAUAAGGAAUCAUGUACUGUAACCAAACAAUCUGAUAAUUCCAUUAUAUUCAAAGGUCUGAGAAAGAACAAUGUUUAUAAAAUUAAUCUUUCUGAUUUGAAUGAACAAAAAGUGAUGUGUCUUUUGACCUUGAGUGAAGAAAAAUGGAUCUGGCAUAAGAGGUUAGGCCAUGCUAACUGGAGGUUAAUCUCUAAGCUUAGUAAGCUUGACCUGGUCAGAGGUUUACCUAAAAUCAAAUAUCACUCAAACACACUUUGUGGUUCAUGUCAAAAAGGAAAGAUUACAAAAUCUUCUUUUAAACCUAAGAGCAUUGUCUCUACCUCAAGACCAUUGGAACUUCUUCAUAUUGAUCUUUUUGGGCCAGUUCAAACUGCCUCUAUCAAUGGAAAGAAGUAUGGAUUAGUAAUUGUUGAUGAUUACAGUAGAUGGACUUGGGUAAAAUUCCUAAGAACAUUUGACAUGGAAAGAAUGCCUCCUGUAACUAAAACAAUUGCGCACUGGAGAUUCGUUGACAGACUGAAAAAUUUUAAGUACAUGGAUUGGAAGGCCAUUGACCCUACAAAGCUAGAAUACAUCAUGACACCAGCAAUAGCUGGCAAUCCAGGAAGCCAUUAUGUCUGCUUUGUCGUCAAUUUUAAAAGCCACAAAUUUGAAUUCCUAAACAGCUUGACGGGGGGAGGAGAGAAAUUGCAGUUACCAAAUGGUGAACCUAGCUUAUACAAACAGAUGUUUGAUGUUUGGCUGAAUGAGGUGGAAGCAUUUAUGACAGAAUUAUAUAAGUUAUGGAAAAUCAAAAUGCCUUUCCAAUUCACCACAUUCAAUUGGGAUACACCAAAGGUGCCUACUCAAGUUGAUUCAGACAAUUGUGGAGUGUUUUGCAUAAAGUUUCUUGAUGAAUGGGGUGGUGAAAUGCAAUCUUUCAAAGGUUGGUCCAAACUUAGGAAACAUGGGGACAAUGGAAAGAUUGCAAAAAUUAUGGAUCUCCGCAUUGAUCUAUGUUCAGCUAUAUUAACCAACUCUAGCAAUUCCAGAAAAGAACAAGUCCUGAAGGAUGCAACUUGA